AUGAAUAAAAAGGAAGCGCCAUAAAAGAAAUAGCCACCUUAGCCAGAGGGAAGGACUACUAGAACAGGUAAAUCUUUUGGCUAGUUACCCCCACCUCCUUCAAAAAAAGAGGAAGCACCACCCUAGAUUUAAUAACAAUAAAUUCUUCCUAAGAAAAGACUUAGAGAGGAGUCUAAGGAGGUAGCAAACGAAUAAAGUUCAAAAGAUAAGAAAUCAGAGAAAUAAAGCAUCAAAGAUAAAAAGCAGCCAGACCAAUAAAAUAAUGAAUCUAAAGGUAAACCUGAAAAAGCUAAAAAUGAUAAGGAUUCUAAAAAAGAAGAGAAAGAAAAACCAGCUUAAUCAGAGAAAUAAGCAUCAAAGUCUAAGACUCAAGUGAAAUCUGAAGAUACAACAUUUCCCGCUGAGUCUAAGCCUCAAAAGGAAAAAAGCACUGCAAAAGAGCAACAAAACUAAGAUAAAGAUCAAUAAGAGCCAAAAGUUACAAAAACUAAGCAGGUCAAAGAGGAAACUAACGCUACAUCAAAUAACGUAGCAAGUUUAGUUAAAACUGAAGAUCCUAUUCCAAGUAAACCAGCACCAAUUAGCAGUCUGGUUUAAGCAUUGCAGUUGAAUGAAAGUAUUAGCUAAGGAUUGAUUUACCCUCCUCCAAAAGUUAAUGAAGAAGUGUUAUUGAAACAAGAAUAGUAAAAGCAUCAAUAACUUCUUAAAUAGCAAUAGGAGUAGCAGCAAUUAUAGCAGCAAUUAUCAGUCCAUAAAUCAGAAGACUCUAUCUAAUAAGACUCUUCACAUUAGCCUACAAGCAACUAAGUUUAAUUUGUAAGCACAAAAUAAGAGCAAGGUGAAGAAGAUUCAUCUUCAGAAGAUGACGGUGACCAAGAUCCAGAUCGUAAAAAGCAAAAGCGUCGUUCAAAGAAUGACGUGCAAGGUCGUGAUCAUAAAUGUACCUUCUGUGAUAAAACCUAUCUUUCCUAUCCAGCUCUCUACACUCAUAUGAAGAAUAAGCAUGCCAAGGGUCCAGAUGGUUAGCCACUAAUAAAUAUAAAUUCUGGCAGAGGACGCGGCAGACCUAAGAAAAACGCUUAAGGUGUGAGAUUCUCUCAUGUUGAGCCUACUAGUGAUGAAUUCUUCAAGAGUAACGACAAGCAGGGUGGACCUAUUGACCCCACAAUUGGAUUCAAGGAGGUUUAUACUGAAAUUUACAUCAAAAGAGCUAAGCCCUAACUACAGCAGACACAUGGUGACGAAUCUUAAGCUAUGGGAGAAGGAGGAGUUGAUCAAACUGAGGAUAAGAAAUUUAAUGAAGAUGGAGAGGAGAUUCCCAAUGAUGAUGAAUAGGCUAUUGAGAAGAAUCCUGAUGGGCAGUAAGAUGCAGUUAUGAAAUCUGAAGAUAGAGAAAACUACUAAGAGGAGGAAAAAAAGAAUGAAGAUGCUGAAUAGAAUGAAGAAUUAAAAUAAAGUAAUGGGGAGGCUGUCGCAAAGGAUCAGAAUCAAGAAAAUUUAACUAGUAUUGCUCCUGUUGUUACUUAAUAACCUAAUCCUAAUGAAAAGGUAAAGAAGAAAAGAGGUAGAAAACCGAAAUCCUACUACAUCCAAUAGCAGUAGGAAUAAGAACGAUAAGCUUAGGAGUAAAUGGAAAAGCGUAAAGAGGAGGAAUAAGAAGCAGAAAAUGAGGAGGAAGUCAAGAAUAGACAGGAUGAAUACAAAACUCACCCAUUGUUCUGCAAACUCCAGCUUUAUGCCGAAGAACUCAAGGAGUAUAUUGAGGAGAAAAAGAAGCAACAACAGCAGAAGCAACUUGAACUCUAACUUUAAUAGCAGCAGUAAAAGGAAAAUCAGGUUAUUCCAAUGGAUAUCAAAGGAGGAAACAUAUUCCAGACUCAGAAAGUUCUGAACAAUAACUCGAACCUUAAGAACAUUUCAGCUCAUCAAACUCCACUCAAACCAAUUAUUCCUGUUCUCAUUAAAUAAGAAGCUGAUAAGAAAUAGUUUGAAGAUGCUAUAGAAGACAAUGAGGAGAUGAAAGAUGAAAAUGAAUCAAACAUCUAAAAGCCAAAUUCUAACUAAAAUUAGCAGAUUUCAGAAAUAAAUACUAGUACUAACAAUAACAACAAUCUAGGCUAGUCUAUAAAUGCAAAUAAGGAACAUGAUCACAAUCAUGAUGACCAUGAUCAUGAAGAAGAUGAUGAGAAAAUGCAAGAAAAGGAGGAGGAAUUGAAGAGGGAUGAGAGACUGAGAAAGUUCAUGAUGAUGAGCGAGGAGGAAAAAGAUCAACUAACCUGCGAUGAAGUCUUUUCACUCUAUCUUAGAGAUGUUUCAAAAUUAGUCAAUGAAGGCUACUAUAAAACUUGCUUGAGAUUCGUUUUACUUUAUAGAGAAUGCUUGAAUGAGCAAGGAUGGCUCAAGAGAAGAGAGCACUAUUAGAAGGCAGGCAUCUUAGACAAAGAUGAUAUUCUUAAUAAGCUAAGAAGCGAAGAGGAGAAAGAGGAAUUAGCCUAAAAACUUCGAGAAGAGGAAGAUGAUAGACUCAUGAAAGAAGAAGAGAAUUCUGAUGGAGAAAUCUUAUAAGCUUAAGGAAAUGAACAAAGUGAAGAAGAGGUUCCUUAAAUAGAGAUAUCGUAAGAAAAUUCUGAGAAUAUAGUUGCCUAAACAAAAAAGAAUAAAAAGUCCAAAUAAUAAAUACAAAACAGCAAUAAUAAUGAACAGUCUACUAUUGAUAAGCAAGGGGCAACAAAGGAUGAUCAAUUAACUGUUGACUAAUAGGCUAAAGUAGAUCAAGAAUAGAACACUGAGGAAAAAGAGGCAAAUGAUGAGGAUGAAGAUGCCAAGAUGGAAGAUGAAGAAGUAAAAGAAGAAGAUAAUGAAGAGGGUGUCAAAGACAAUGAUGAGUUAAGAGAUGAUGAGGAAAUGGAAGAGCUACUUUAGCAAUAAUAGUAACUAGAUGAGGAUGAGGAUAUUUAUAUCCCGCAAGCAGAGUAUACUGCAGUAUGCAAUGCAGAUUUCGCUCCUUUAAUUUGUAAUGACUUUGUUUCUGAGUUUUUGGAUAAGGAACAUGGCGCUUGCUAGAUUGAUAGAGCAGAAGCCAUAGAUCUAACCAGAAAUUUCUGUUACUGGGUUGCUCAGAAUGGAUUAACUUGUGCUCACAUCGCAUUAAAUACGUGA